GCUCUUACUGUUAGCACCUAAACAUUAUUUUUUCGAUUUUUUCAAUUUAAAUUUACGGUCUGAUCGGGCUGAUGAGGUUUUUUUCCAUUUAUGACUGAAAACAGAAAACGGCAGCUACAAUGACCAAAGAAGGCGAGGUAAAAUCAGAUGACUGUGAGGAUUAUGUGAAAGUAAAAGUUAUUUGUGGAGAGGACGUUGAAAAGCAUCUUUUUAUAAAGGGUUCAAAAGCAGAGAAAGUUCAUGCUGGAAGUUCCACAAAGAGGAGAACAGGUUUCUCGACAGCAUCUGAUCAUUUUGAACUAUUGGAUGAAUUUGGUGAAAAUGAAAACCGAGCUCCUUUGACACCAAAAGCAUUGUUUGCGGAAGAUUCCCUAAACAAAUCUCGAGACAAAGCUGAUGAGGUCAGGAGAGGUCGGAGGAAAAGUGUUGCGCCAGCCGGUGGACUGCAACCAAUACCAGAAGCAAAGGAGAUUUCCCUGAGCAAAAAGAGAGCAGCUCCUGACAAUGGAUGUGAUACUCCAGAGCGAAAGAGAAGGAGGAACAACAGCGUGGAAGAAGAACCUCCUAAAACGCCCUCGAAUAGACCCAUGCGCAACGUGGAUUUGAAAACUCCAGAAAGUGCCAAACAAACUCCUGGAUCUAAAAGGAGAGUUGUUGACACACCAAGAUUACUCCGCACCAACGUAAAGAAAUGCAUUGGAGAAAUGCUUUGUGAGAGUGAUAGUGACGCGAUUAGUGAAGAGAGUGACAGCGAAAGUGAAGAAGAGGUAUUUAAUGAUGUCAAAGAGAGCACAGAAACUCCUUUUCGAAAAGAAGAGGCAAAAAUCAAGAUUCAAAAGCAGACAAAGUCAUUUUCAGCUGAGGAUUACUUCGAUGCACACGUGUCUUCUAAAGUAAUUACUUCUAACCACUCUUUGAGGAAACUGGAGAAACCCAGACUUGACCAGGAUACUAUAAAUGACGCAUUGCAGAAAGUGCCAAAGAAACAUGAGAAGGAGUGCAAAACUAUAUUCAAGAACUUGGAAAGCAAAUUCAGUCGGUGGCAGUGUUUGUUGCUUGAGGGCUUCUCCCUUCUUCUCUAUGGUUUAGGCUCCAAGGCAUCUCUUUUGAAUUCAUUCCGCAAAUUUGUCUCCAGUGACGAAGAUGACGCCAUUGUCAUCAAUGGUUUCUUCCCAACCCUUACACUGCGAGAUCUAUUCAGCGCUAUAAUAAGAGACACCCUGGAUUACGCAGUUGUGCCUGGAGACGAGAAUGAGUGCUGCAAUAUUAUUCUGCGUCAUUUCAACCAUAGCGACUCUGAUCACCUCUACUUGCUGAUAAAUAACAUAGAUGGCCAAGCCCUCCAGUCCAGCAAAGCGCAAAAUGUAAUUGCUAGGAUAUCUAUGGCGAAGAAACUGCAUUUGGUGGCUACAAUAGAUCACAUCAACGCUCCAUUGUUACUAGACCAGUGUUUACUUGCAAAACUCAAUUUGGUCUGGCAAGACUCGACAACCAUGCUACCAUAUUAUGAAGAGACAGCGUUUGAAAACUCAGUCAUGGUGCAGCAGAGUGGCAAAAUGGUGUUAUCCUCCCUGCAUAGUGUGUUCCAAUCAUUAACCACAAAUGCCAAGAAAAUCUUGAAUAUUUUAAUGGAGAAUCAACUUAACGCCCAAGAAGCAAAUUACCCAGGGAUGUCUUUCCGAGAUCUGUACCAGGAAGCCAGGGAGCAAUUUGUUGUUAGCAGCAAUUUGGCUCUAAGGGCGCAGCUAACGGAGUUUCUGGACCACAAACUGGUCAAGAUGAAAAAAGGAUAUGAUGGCUCCGAAAUGCUUCAUCUCCCCUUGCCACCAGCCAUUCUUAAAGAAUUUAAAUCAACUCAUAAUUUUGAUUCUCUGUAGACUGGCACCAUGCGAUAUUUAUGCAUGAUUAUUAUCAGUUAUUAAUAAAAACAAAUUAGUUUAGA